GGCUGCUCCUCCAGUUAAAGGACGUCAAUCAUUUCCUGAUGCAAGACAUUGCUUUCCUGUCUGGUGGCCGGGGAAAGGACAAUGCUUGGAUCAUUACAUUUCCAGAAAACUGUAACUUCAGAUGCAUACCAGAGGAAGUAAUUGCAAAAGUACUCAAUUACUUGACAUCUAUUGCAAGGCAAAGUGGAUCUGACUCCCGAUUUACUAUUAUUCUAGAUCGAAGACUGGAUACAUGGUCUUCCCUCAAAAUUUCCCUCCAGAAAAUCUCAGCCUCUUUCCCUGGGAGCUUACACUUAGUCCUGGUUUUGCGUCCUACCAGUUUUCUUCAACGGACUUUCACAGACAUUGGAUUUCGAUUUAGCCAGGAGGAUUUUAUGCUGAAAUUACCAGUUGUUAUGCUGAGCUCAGUUAGUGAUUUGCUGACAUACAUUGAUGACAAGCAGUUAACCCCUGAGUUAGGCGGCACCUUGCAGUACUGCCACAGUGAAUGGAUCAUCUUCAGAAAUGCCAUAGAGAAGUUUGCUGUCACAGUGAAAGAAAUGGCUCAGAUGUUGCAAUCCUUUGGAACAGAAUUGGCUGAAACAGAGCUACCAGAUGAUAUCCUUUCAAUAGAAGAGAUUAUGGCAGGUCGUGCUGAAAGGUAUCAUAUGUUGAAGAAUGACUUAACUGCUGUAACCAAAGAAGGAAAAGUUCUGCUCACGAACCUGCAAGAGCCUGGCACUGAAGAAACUGUCACUUCAAGCCUUGAAUGUCCUCAGCACAUAAAUGGUGACUGGCAAACUAUUAAAAAGUAUGAAAGUAUUUCUGGACCUCUGGAAGUCUGGGAACUUCUUUUCUGGGCUGUGACUCAAGUUGAAUUUUUAUUAAGUCAACAAAGAGAACUGGGUGAUAUAACAGGAAACUUAGCUCAAGUAAAACAAAGACUUAAAAAAAUAGAGAUCUUGGAUGAUAAAUCUCAGGAACUGUUAGCCAAGGCCCGGAUUGUGAUACUACAUGGCCACAAGCUGGCAUCGAAUCACCACUAUGCACUUGAUUUAAUCUGCCAGCGAUGCAAUGAGCUGCGCUACCUUUCUGAUAUUUUAGUAAAUGAGAUCAGAACAAAGCGUGUCCAGCUGAGCAGGACUUUCAAAAUGCACAGACUCCUACAGCAGGCACGUCAGUGCUGUGAUCAAGGGGAAUCCCUCCUGGCUAACCAAGGAAUGAAUAAGUUUCAGACUAAAGAAGAUGCUCAGAAAGCCCUUCAGGAUGUGGACAAUUUCCUUCAAAUGGCCAUGCCUUUCAUCAAUUAUGAUAUUGAAAACCUACAAUAUGAAUUUGAUGUACUCCUAUCUCCUGAACUCAAGGCUCAAAUGCAGAAUAUACAACUAAAGCUUGAAAAUAUUCGAAGUGCAUUUGAGAACCAACAGGCUGGUUCUAAGAGUCUAAAAGAAGUACCUGAGGGGGCAUUCCAGAGUUUGAUUCCUGCACCUGAAAAUAUGAUGAAAUCCAGAAUGAUAUUCUUUUCACCUAAACAAGUGGGAAUUGGAUAUUCUUUCUUUCAAGCAUGUAGAAUUUUUUCAAAAGUGAAAAAGUCUUGGAGACAGAUUCAAGCUCAGAGCAAUGUGAAAAUUGAAGUCAUUGAGGAUAGCCAAGAGAAGAAGAAUUCUGAUCAGUCUCCCAAAUUGGACAAUAGCUUGGAUAUUUUAAAGAACCAUGUCCUAAAUGAGCUGAUACAGACAGAGAGGGCAUAUGUUCGAGAGCUGUUUACUGUUUUGUUGGGCUACAGAUCUGAGAUGGACAAUCCACAGAUGUUUGAUCUUAUGCCACCUCUCCUGAGAAAUAAAAAGGAUGUUCUCUUUGGAAAUAUGGCAGAAAUAUAUGAAUUCCAUAACAACAUUUUCAUGAGCAGACUGGAAGAUUGUUCUGAUGCUCCAGAAAGAGUGGGACCUUGCUUCCUGGAAAGGAAGGAUGAUUUUCAGAUGUAUGCCAAAUAUUGUCAGAAUAAACCCAGGUCAGAGUUAAUUUGGAGGAAGUAUUCUGAAUGUGCCUUUUUCCAGGAAUGUCAACGAAAAUUGAAACAUCGACUCGGUCUGGAUUCCUAUUUGCUCAAACCUGUUCAACGAAUCACUAAGUAUCAGUUGCUUUUAAAGGAGCUUUUAAAGUAUAGCAAAGAAGGUGAAGGAACUACUAAAUUAAAGGAGGCACUUGACUCAAUGCUGGAGCUGCUGAAGUCAGUGAAUGACUCCAUGCAUCAGACUUCCAUCAAUGGCUAUGUUGGAAAUAUAAAUGAGCUGGGCAAGAUGGUUCUUCAAGGUUCCUUCAGUGUUUGGCUAGGACACCGGAAAGGUGCUACAAAAAUGAAGGAGUUUGCACGAUUCAAACCCAUGCAGAGACACCUUUUCUUGUAUGAAAAAGCUGUUAUGUUUUGUAAGAGACGUUUCGAAUCUGGAGAAGGUGCUGAUAGAUACCCAUCAUACAGUUUUAAGCACUGCCUGAAUAUGGAAGAUGUCGGCAUCGCAGAACAUGUGAAAGGUGAUAACCGCAAAUUUGAAAUACGGUAUAGUGAGAAGGAAGAAAUUUACAUUGUUCAGGCUCCAAAUAUUGAUGUGAAGAUGUUAUGGCUAAAAGAAAUAAGAAAAAUUUUGGUGCAGCAGAAGGAACUUAUGACUGCUAAACCCCAGCAGGAUCAGUCACUAGACCAGGACCAACUUUUUCCCCAGCAGCAGAAUGCCGAGCUAUGCAAAAGCUCACCUAUUUUUGUGUGUGAAGAAACUCUUUUCAAAGCCUCGGAAGCAGGCGCAGAAGUGGAGCAAGCUGGUGCCCUGAUAAAGGUCAGGGAGGCAGCUGUGCUAGCUCAGGCAGAGGCAAGUUCUGCAGCUUGGAAUGGGAUGUUACCAUCUGCAGAAGGCGCUGCUACAACUGCUGAACAGUCAUACAAUCAUUUGUCCUCUAACAAUGACAAAGGAGAAGAUAGCACACAAAUGAGACUCAUGUCGGAGGUAACAUUCCAGUUGUAAAGAAGCCACAGUGUCAACUGGCAAGUUGCUCUGCCUGCCUGCUUCUCAGCCCAUGUGGAAAAAACACCCCUCAAAAGAGUUUCAGCCCAAAUGAUGGGAUUUUUCCCCCAGGUUAAUAUAUUUAAACAUGCACAAAACCAAUGGCAUACACUUCUUUCUUUCACUUAAAAGCGUUUUACUUCUAGUACUUUUUACUCCUUAAAUUGCAUAUGUGUGUAAGACAUUGUGCCAGAUAAAAAUCUCAUCUCAGAAUAUUUUUGACUUGAAAAUUGUUUCUUCUCUGUCUACUUUGCAACCAAAUGCAAUCAGUGUGCCUUGAAUUAUUUAGCUUAUUAUUAAUUAAGUUAAACUUAGGGCUGUAGAAUAGUUAAGGCCAAGUGAAGCACAACAUUAUGAUUUAAAGCGCUUUUUAGACCCAGCGCUCCUUUAACCCACACAAGACAAUGGCAGAGUUCAGAAGUCCUGGGGGUGGGGAUCCUUAGUAAAUUCUAUUCAGGGCUAUUGCCUUUUCUAUGUGCCAAGAUGAACUUUUCCUGAGAGUAGUUUACAAAUUGCAUUUGAAAUGUAAUAUUUUCAUGCUUGUUUCUUUUUCUGAAUUUAUGCUUAUAAUUCAUGUAGCAA